AUAAGUUUGAAGGUGGUGAUGUAGAUGCAGCAGCAGAAGGGCGUUUGCUUCUCAUUUGUGACAGCGAGUUUAAACUGGCAGCUCAUCAUGAGAUGUUCAUACCACUGAAGAUACCCUGAGCUGGCAAGAUGACGAUGUUGCUCGCACUCCACUUCUCAGCUGCCCUGCUUCUGUUUCUCACUGAGCCUCCAAAACAAGGUGCUGAAGCCUUUCCAGUGACUUGUUGUCUGAAAACUUGUGAUGCCAAAGUACGGAGAGAGCUGCUCAAAAACUACAGCAUACAAGUGAAACCCUUAUGUCCCGUGAAUGCUGUGAGGUUUGUCACAAAGAUGGGCAUCACAUUCUGCUUGGACCCGUCCUCACUUUGGGCAAUUAAUACCAUGGCCUUUUUGGACAACAGAGGCAUGCCACCAGGGAAUAGCACGACCACCAUUAACACAUCUCAUAUUUAAUCCAAAUUUUGGCCCUUUUGCACUUUGUUUUCAAACCGUUAAACCAUAAUGUUUGAACUUUUCAUUCUCAAAACGCAUUAUACAAAUGUAAAGAUUUUAUAUUCUUCACAUCUUCAAACUUUUUGGUGUUUUUUUUAAGCAAACAGUAUUAUUAUAAUUCUUUGUCUCACAU